ACCCAGUGUGUCACAAGUCACAGGGUCAGUGGAAGAAUCUCAUCAGUCAUAAUUUGCCUUCGUAUUUUUGUUAGCGUCAGAAGAUAUAAAACAUGAGACUGGUAAUUCUUGAUAAUUAUGAUUUCGUCAGUGAUUGGGCAGCAAAGUUUGUGCGUAAUAGAAUUCUUGGCUUCAAUCCUGGGCCUGACAAGUAUUUUGUGCUGGGUUUACCAACAGGGUCAACUCCAGUUGGCAUGUAUAAGAAGUUGAUUGAAUUCCAUAAAGCCGGUGAGCUUUCCUUCAAGUUUGUCAAAACAUUCAACAUGGAUGAAUAUGUUGAUCUAUCACGAGAUCACCCAGAAAGUUACCACAGUUUCAUGUGGGAGAAUUUCUUCAAGCAUAUUGAUAUAGAUCCUAAGAAUGCUCAUCUGCUUGAUGGUAAUGCUGAAGAUCUACAAACUGAGUGUGAGAAUUAUGAGAAAAAAAUUGAUGAAGCUGGUGGUGUUGAUUUGUUUAUUGGAGGUAUUGGUCCUGAUGGACAUAUUGCUUUCAAUGAGCCUGGUUCAUCCCUUGUGUCUCGUACAAGAAUAAAAACCUUAGCAAAAGAAACUAUUGUAGCAAAUGCAAGAUUUUUUGAUGGUGAUAUUUCCAAAGUUCCAACUCAGGCUCUUACUGUCGGAGUCGCUACAGUUAUGGCGGCUCGGGAGGUUAUGAUCUUAAUAACUGGAGUGCAUAAAGCAUUCGCUUUACACAAAGCUAUCGAGGACGGUGUGAAUCAUAUGUGGACUGUGUCAGCGUUUCAACAACAUCCUCACACGAUAUUUGUCUGUGACGAAGACGCGACCAUGGAACUGAAAGUGAAAACUGUCAAGUACUUCAAAGGUUUGAUGGAUUUACAUAACAAACUGAUUGAAGAGCCGGAUGAUCCAACAUCUCCUGUCAGAAAACGAAGUAGAAAUUUUCAAACAUUGAAAUAAAAUUAGUACCAACAUUACUGCAGUAAACUGUGCAUGCAUUCAUUCAUUCAUUCAAUGGUAUAAUGUAUUGAUUGCCUGGUACAGAAUGAUUCUUUAGAAAAUUGACAUAUUAAUUAUAUUGGUGAGUAUAAUUGAAUGUAGCGAAAUUAUUGUUUGGUAAUAAACCAGUAGAGCUAAAAAAAACCUGAAGUGAACUCAAGUGAACACUAUCUCAAGUAUUCAGCAAAAGCGUACUUUCUUGUUUUUUUCGAUGAAGAUGAUAUAAGGGCA